AUGGAGAAAAAGAAAGGAACAACCCUCCAGAAAGCUCAGAAUCAUGGAGGCUUAACAGUUCUUGGUAAUGAAAAGGAUUACAUUUUCUUUUCUCUCUCUCUCCAAAUCAACCCUAGGGAAGAGAAGCCUCUGAACUGGAAGCCCGUUGCUCGCAGCUCAAGGGAAAACUCCAUUCUCACCCAGUGUGAUUUUGAGGAUGACUCCCGACCCUUCUGUGAUUGGAGCCAAUUGUCCAAAGAUGAUGGGGACUGGACUCGAGCCAGUGAGCCCUCCCCCACCAGCAGCACUGGGCCCCCUGGGGGGUACCCUAAUGGAGAGGGCUACUACCUGCACAUGGACUCCAACACCUUCCGCCCGGGUGGGGUGGCCCGCCUGCGCAGUGCCCCCAUAUGGGAGCAAGGUCCCCUCUGCCUGCGCUUUGCCUACUACAUGUUCGGGCUGUCGUGGGGCGCCCAGCUCAGGCUGCUGCUGACCACGGGCCCCAAGGGCAAGCGCCCCAAUGUGCUCUGGAAACACAUUAACACCCAGAGCCCCGCCUGGAUAUCCACCGCCAUCACGGUGCCCAUUGGGCUCAUCCUGCCCAGCCAGCUGACAUUUGAAGGAGUCAGGGGCAACACGGCUUAUGUGGACAUUGCUCUGGAUGCCAUCUCUAUCCGUCGGGGCUCCUGCAGUCAGGUCUGCACGAUGCAAACGUGCAACUUUGACACUGCAAAUGAUCCCUGCGGCUGGAGCUGGAUCCCGACGGCCGCUGGGGCCACGUGGGUCCAGAAGAAUGGGUCAACAGGGGUGCCGAACGUGGGGCCUGAGGAUGACUUCUCUAACCCUGGUAGUGGCUUCUACAUGCUCCUGGACCCCAAGAAUGCAAAACCAAGGCAGAGAUCUGCCCUCCUGAGCCCUCUGAUCCAGUCCUCCGGCUGCCUGAGCCUGUCCUUUCACUACACCCUACAUGGCCAGUCUCCCGGUGCAGCCCUCAUGGUCUAUGCUUCUGUCUUGGGCAGCAUCCGGAAACACACACUCUUCACCGGACAGCCUGGACCCAACUGGCAGCCUGUUUCUGUCAAUUACACAGGCCAGGGACAGAUUCAGUUCACCAUGGUGGGCGUGUUUGGAAAGAUCCCAGAGCCAGCAGUGGCCGUGGAUGCAGUCAGCAUUGCUCCCUGUGGGGAGAGCUUUCCUCAGUGUGACUUUGAAGACGAGGCCCAUCCCUUCUGUGACUGGGUCCAGGCAUUACAGGAUGGCGGACGCUGGACCCCAGGAAGUAAGAAUACACUCAUCCAGGGUACAGGCCCCUUCAGAGUCUCCCUCAAUGGGGAGGGUCACUUUGUCUACCUUGAGGCUGACAAGUUCUCCCAGGCAGGCCAGUCUUUCCGACUGGUGAGCCGGCCCUUCUGUGCCCUGGGUGCGAUCUGUGUGAAGUUUACCUACUACAUGUAUGGCCUCGGACAGGGCACGAAGUUCAGGCUUCUGCUGGGGAGCCCUGCGGGCAGUUCCCUAACUUCUCUCUGGGAACGAGUUGGGUCUCAGAGCCCUGACUGGCUGAACAGCUCCAUCACCGUCCCUGUGGGACAUCAGCAGCCCAUGCAGCUGAUGUUUGAGGUUGAGAGAGGCACCAGCACUGCCUUCGUUGUGGCUCUGGGUUUCUUCUUGAUCAACCACGGGACCUGUCGAGAACCUACAUCAGUAGUGCUUCCUUCCAAACCUCCAGUUACUCCCACUGGCCCUUCUGAAACCCCUGUCUGCAUGGAAGGACCUAUGGCCUCUGAAGAAACACCCACCAUCCUCAGUGAAAUAUGCACCAUCCCCACAGAAAAGCCCACUAUUUCCACUGAAAAACCUACAGUUCCCACAGGAAAACCUAUGGUCCCAACAGAAAAACCUACAGUCCCCACAGAAAGGACCACAGUCCCCACAGGAAAACCCACAGUCCGCACAGAAAGGACCACAGUCCCCACAGAAAAACCCACAGUCCCCACUGAAAGGACCACUGUCCCCACAGGAAAACCUACAGUCCCCACCGAAAGGACCACCGUCCCCACAGAAAAACCUACAGUCCCCACUGAAAGGACCACCAUCCCCACAGAAAAACCUACAGUCCCCACUGAAAGGACCACCGUCCCCACAGAAAAACCUACAGUCCCCACUGAAAGGACCACCGUCCCCACAGAAAAACCUACAGUCCCCACUGAAAGGACCACCAUUCUCACUGAAAGGACCACCAUCCCUACAGAAAAACCCACAGUCCCCACCGAAAGGACCACUGUCCCCACAGGAAAACCUACAGUCCCCACUGAAAGGACCACCGUCCCCACAGAAAAACCUACAGUCCCCACUGAAAGGACCACCAUCCCCACAGAAAAACCUACAGUCCCCACUGAAAGGACCACCGUCCCCACAGAAAAACCUACAGUCCCCACUGAAAGGACCACCGUCCCCACAGAAAAACCUACAGUCCCCACUGAAAGGACCACCAUCCCCACAGAAAAACCUACAGUCCCCACUGAAAGGACCACCAUUCUCACUGAAAGGACCACCACCAUCCCUACAGAAAAACCCACAGUCCCCACCGAAAGGACCACAGUCCCCACAGAAAAACCCACAGUCCCUACUAAAACAACCAGCAUUCCCACUGAAAGAACCACCACCCCCACAGAAAAACCCACAAUUCCCACCAAAAAGACCACCAUUCCCACUAAAAAGACCAGCAUCCCUACAGAAAAACCCACUGUCCGCACUGAAAGGCCCACAGCUCCCAUGACACCCCAGCCCAGCCCAACGCUUGUAACCACUUGGCCAACGGUCUUCACGAUGCCAAGUACCUCUGUGACCACUGUGACCCCGGCCACCACUAGAACCCCAAGACCUACAGGUAUGUGCUGCCCCUCGAAUGCCCACCAUGAGCACUGUGCCUGCCCAGCGUCCUGCCAGAGCCCCACGCCCAGCUGUGGGCUCCUUUGCAAACCUGGCUGUGUCUGCGAUCGGGGCUUUUUGUUCAGCAACUCCCGCUGCAUCAAUGCCUCUUCCUGCAAUUGCUUCUACAACGGCAGUUCCUAUAAGCCAGGGACAGAGUGGUUCAGCCCCAAUUGCACAGAACGUUGCAGCUGCCAGCCUGGCAGUCGGAUAGAGUGCCAGCCCUAUAAGUGUGGGACACACACAGUGUGCCAGCUGAAGAACGGCCAGUACGGAUGCCACCCCUAUGGCACUGCCACCUGCUUCACCUAUGGAGACCCUCAUUACUUCACCUUCGACGGGAGGCGCUUCGACUUCAUGGGCAAGUGCACCUAUAUCUUGGCCCAACCCUGUGGUAACUCGACAGAGCCUUUCUUUAGGGUGACUGUGGAGAAUGAAGAGCGAGGACAGGAGGGCGUGUCCUGCCUGAGCAAGGUCUACGUGACUCUGUCUGAAACCGCCAUCACCCUGCUCAAGGGCAGACACACGCUGGUUGGGGGUCAGCGAGUCACCCUCCCAGCCAUGCCUUCUAAAGGUGUCUUCUUGACUCCAAGUGGGCGAUUUGUGCAGCUGCAGACGGCGUUCGGUCUGCGGGUGAGAUGGGACGGUGACCAGCAGCUGUCUGUGAGUGUGCCCAGCAUCUACUCCGGCAAACUCUGCGGUUUCUGUGGCAACUAUGACGGCGACAGCAGCAAUGACAACCUGAAGCCGGAUGGCAGACCAGCACGAGAUGAGAAGGAGCUGGGUGGCAGCUGGCAGACCUCAGAGGAUGAGGACCAGAAGUGCCAGGAGAACCAGGCAUCUCCCCCAUCUUGCGACACUGACUUGCAGUACACUGUGUCGGGGCCAGAGUUCUGUGGACGGCUCGUGGCCGCGCACGGCGCCUUUGAGGCCUGCCUGCCUCACCGCGGUGCCACUUCCUUCUUUGACAACUGCGUGUUUGACGUGUGUAACUUCCAGGGGCUGCAGCAGGUGCUGUGUGCCCACAUGUCAGCCUGGACUGAGACCUGCCAGGAUGCUGGCUACGUGGUGAAGCCCUGGAGAGGACCCCAGUUCUGCCCAAUGGCCUGCCCACCCAACAGCAGGUACACCCUGUGUGCCAAGCUGUGCCCCGACACCUGCCAUUCCAAGUUCUCGGGCAUGGCCUGCCAGAACCGCUGCGUAGAGGGCUGUGAGUGCGACCAGGGCUUCGUCCUCAGUGGUCUCCAGUGCGUCCCCCGGUCCGAGUGUGGUUGCCUUGACCCCACGGCCGGCUACUUCAAGGUAGGGGAGCGGUGGUUCAAGCCAGGCUGCACACAGCUCUGCAUGUGUGAGGGCAGCAACAGAACUCGCUGUGUGCAGUGGAGGUGCCAGGCCCAGGAGGUGUGUGGUCGGCAGGAUGGCAUCUAUGGCUGCCACGCUCAAGGGUCCGCCACCUGCACUGUCUCGGGGGACCCCCACUACCUGACGUUCGAUGGAGCCCUGCACCACUUCAUGGGCACCUGCACCUACAUCCUGACCCGGCCUUGCUGGUUGAGGUCCCUAGAGAACUACUUCGUCGUGAGUGCCACCAAUGAGUUCCGAGGCGGAAACCUGGAGGCCGCCUACGUCAAAGCCGUCCAAGUGCAGGUCUUCAACCUCAGAAUUUCGAUGAUCAAAGGCCGCAAGGUCAUGCUGGACGGUCGCCGGGUGGCCCUGCCUGUGUGGCCUGCGCAAGGCCGGGUGAGCAUGAGGUCCAGUGGCUCCUUUAUCCUUCUCUACACGGACUUCGGGCUUCAAGUUCGCUAUGACGGGAACCACCUGGUGGAAGUGACCGUGCCCUCCUCCUACGCUGGCCGGCUCUGUGGGAUGUGCGGGAACUACAACAACAACAGCCUAGAUGACAGUCUGCAGCCUGAUAAAAGGCCUGCAAUCAGCUCCGUGAAACUGGGGGCCUCCUGGAAGCUAAAUGAGCUGUCUGAACCUGGCUGCUUUGCUGAGGGUGGCAAGCCCCCCAGGUGCCUGGGGAAGGAAGUGACCGAUCCCUGGAAUAAGAACUGUGAUAUCUUAAUAAAUCCUCAGGGACCCUUCUCCCAGUGCCACGGGGUAGUGGCCCCGCACUCCAGCUUCACCAGUUGUGUGUAUGGCCAGUGUGGGACCAAGGGUGAUGCCUUGACCCUGUGCCGCUCCCUGCAGGCCUAUGCGUCCCUGUGCGCCCGCGCCGGCCGGGCCAUCACCUGGCGGAACGGCACCUUCUGCCCUUUGAAGUGCCCAUCAGGCAGCAGCUAUAGCACUUGUGCUAACCCCUGCCCAGCCAAUUGCCUCAGCCUGAACACGCCAUCAUACUGCCCGUCCUCACUGCCCUGCGCUGAGGGCUGUGAGUGCCAGAAAGGCCACAUCCUGAGCGGAACCUCCUGUGUGCCCCUCAGCCAGUGUGGCUGCACCACCCAGAGAGGCUCCUACCACCCGGUCGGGGAGAGCUGGUACACAGACAACACCUGCUCCAGGCUCUGCACCUGCUCCACUCACAACAACAUCUCCUGCCUCCAAACCGCCUGCAAGCCUGGCCAGAUGUGCUGGUCCCAGAAUGGGCUGAUACGGUGCCGGGCAGCAGGGAUGGGAGUGUGCGGCAUCCGCGACACGUCCCGCUACGUGAGCUUUGAUGGCAGUUACCAUGCCAUCAGGGGCCCCUGCACUUACGUCUUGGUGAAAAUAUGCCACUCCACCAUGGACCUGCCUUUCUUCAAGAUCAGUGGCAAGAAUGGGAAGCGGAAAGACCAGCCCCACACUUUCUACCUUCGCCAGGUCCAUGUGGACAUCUUCAAUACCCUAGUCACCCUGAAGAAGGACCAAGUGCGGAUCAAUGGCACACGGGUCACCCUUCCUGCAACCACCCAAAUACAGGGGGUCAAAGUCAUUUCCAGGGAUGGCUACACCGUGCUCACCAUCAACAUUGGGGUGCAAGUCAAGUUUGACGGCAGUGGUUUCAUAGAGGUUGAAAUCCCCAAAGCCUAUUAUGAAAAGACCUGCGGCAUAUGCGGGAACUUCAACGGCGAGGAAGAAGACGAACUUAUGAUGCCUAAUGACGAACUAGCCCCAGAUGACAUCACAUAUGUGGACAGUUGGCAAGACAAGGAGAUCGACCCAAGUUGCCAAGAAGAUGACAAGAAGACCGAAGCAGAACAGCAGGAGAAGCCAAAUACAAACUGCCGGCCCGCUGACCUGGCAAGAGCCCAGGAGCAAUGCCAGGCGGCCUUUCAGGCCCCGGCCUGGGUGAAGUGUGCUGCCCGCGUGGUCCUCAGUCCGUUCUUGCUCAAAUGUACCCACAGCCUCUGUGAGUUUGGAGGCCUCAACCGUGAUCUCUGCCAGUCUCUGCAAGCCUUCGGGGCCGCCUGCCAGGCCCAGGGGAUCGAGCCUCCCAUCUGGAGAAACAGCAGCUUCUGCCCUCUGGACUGCUCUGCCCACAGCGUGUACACCACCUGCGUUCCCUCCUGCCCCCGUUCCUGCCAGGACCCAGAAGGCCAGUGCAAAGGCUCCAGAGUUCCCUCUACUUGCAAGGAGGGCUGCGUCUGUGAGCCCGGCUACGUGCUCAAUGAGCGACAGUGUGUGCCCAAGAGUCAGUGCGGCUGCAGGGAUGCUUGGGGUGACUCCCUUCCCGUGGGCAAGUCUUGGUUCGUCAGAGGCUGCUCCGAGAGAUGCACAUGCAGAGCGGGUGGCGUUCACUGCCGGCCCUUCACCUGCCCCUCGGGCUCCCAGUGCCAGCCCAAUGAGGAUGGCAAAAACUACUGCGCACCUGAGAAGUCGGAGCAAUGCACAAUUUAUGGGGACCCCAGUUACCACACAUUUGAUGGCCUCAGCUACCGCUUCCAGGGCCGCAUGACCUACUUUCUGAUCAAGACCUUGGACGUGCUCCCCGAUGGGGUGGAGCCCCUGGUCGUGGAGGGACGCAACAAGGUGUAUCCGUCCUUCAACCCCAUCUUCCUGCACGAAAUCAUCGUGACGGUCUACAGCUACACAGUCCAGCUCCAGACCGAACUGGGGCUUGUAGUCAAUGGUCAGAAGAUGGCCAUCCCCUACGAGCCCAGCGACCAGCUGCGGGUCACCAUGCGAGGCCAUCGCCUGUAUCUGAUCACAGACUUUGAGCUGGUUGUCAGCUUCAAUGGAAGGAACAACGCAGUGAUCUCCCUGCCCAUCACGUACCGGAGGCUGGUGCGCGGCCUGUGCGGCAACUACGACCAGAACAAGAGGAACGAUUUCACGCUGCCCAGCGGCGCCCUCACCCAGAACCUCCUUGUCUUUGGCAACAGCUGGGAGGUAAAGAAGACCAAGGGGGGCCUCCCCCGCUUCUCAAGGGCCGUACAAGAGGAAGAAGUGAAAGAAGAAGAGGCGUCAGGCUUUCACGUGUCAGAAUGCAGCCUGGAGCAGCUGGAGCUCAUCAACCACACCCAGGCGUGUGGGGUGCUGGUGGACCCCCAGGGCCCCUUUGCUGCCUGUCACCAGACUGUGGCCCCAGAGCCCUUCCUGGAGCACUGUGUGUCUGAUCUGUGUGCCACCCGGGACCCCAGAGAGCAGGAGGAGCUGCGUUGCCAGGUCCUCAGCGGGUACGCCAUCGUCUGCCAGGAGGCGGGCGCCGCCCUGGCCAGCUGGCGGGACCACACCCGCUGCGCCUUGCUGUGUCCGGCCAAUACCAUCUAUCAGAGCUGUAUGACACCCUGCCCAGCCUCCUGUGCCACCCUGGCGGUCCCCAGGGUCUGCAAGGGCCCCUGUGUGGAGGGCUGUGCCAGCCUCCCGGGCUACGUCUACAGUGGUGCCCAGAGCCUCCCCCUGGCCCACUGCGGCUGCACCAACAACGGCAUCUACUAUCAGCAGGGUGACAGCUUCGUGACCGAGGAUUGCUCCCAGCGCUGCACCUGUGCCCGCCCGGGGGUCCUGCUCUGUGCGCCCCUCAGCUGCAGCCCUGGGGAGGUCUGCACGCUGGGGAACCUCACUCGUGGCUGCUUCCAAGACAGCCCGUGCCUGCAGAAUCCCUGUCAGAAUGAUGGGCGGUGCCGGGAGCAGGGAACCCUCUUCACCUGUGAGUGUGAACUUGGUUAUGGGGGACCCCUCUGCAUGGAACCUCGGGAUGUGCCACCCCGCCAAAAGCCAGAAGCGUCUGACUUUGUGGCCAUCCUGUUGGGACUGCUGGUGCCUGUAGUGGUCAUAGUGUGGGCGGUGACCAGAGAAUGCAUUUCCAGGAAGAGGGGGAGGAGGAGGGAGAAAAUGCAGAGCCAGACCAGAGACAAGCUGGCGGAUUUUGCCCCAGAGCAUGGCUCCAAAAUUGCUCAGUUCUGA